AUGGCUGGUGGCUUUGACCCUGUCGACCCACAGCGGUGUCGACACUACGCGGGCUUUGCUUCGCACCUUGACCGGAAGGCCUUUGACUUUAUUUACUGGUUUCUCUUCGCCUUUGUCAUAUUCAUGCUAUUCUUGUCCUCAUGGAAGUACAGCGGUGACCUCGAUAAAUGCCAGAUGCUGGGCUUGGAGCCCGAAUCUCGGGGGUACAAAUCGAAAAUGAAAAAGUGUAUGAUGGCAUGCAGUAUCUAUGCCGCCAUAUCCAUCGUCGCCGUCGUUAUGGAGGUUUACGCUCUGAUGGCGCUUCAGUUCUGCGACGGAGAGGAUCUUAUGCCCCUCUACUGGUCGACAUGGGCCAUGAUGCAGGUUGGCUCCGUCAUCGCCAUUUUUGGCAUCCUGCUCGCCAUUUCCAACACCAUCCGCGGGAGAAGGAAUCCACCGUGGGCUUUGGCUUUGGGCACGCCCGUACUCGUUGUUGCCGGCAUCGGCCACGCUGUCCACCGGUCUAUGAGAGAGCGCGUGCGACGGGUCCGGUCUAGAAGUUGCAGCUCCAGGAAUCGUCUCGAGUCGAGCGAUCUUCCUCUCAGCAGAGAGCAAACCCUCCGGGCGGAUGACAGCGACAAGGAAGAAGUUGAGAUCACGGCCAAGUUCCUUGGCUUCACGCCCGACGGCGCGCCCGUCAUCAAGUUUCUGAGAGAGCCGGUCAAGAUUAAACCCGAAAACGGCUUGGUCAUCGGCCGCAGAGAGGACGGCAACAUCAUCACCUUCCCAGAGACCCUGCUGGUUGCCGGCAACAGCGACAGAAGCAACUCGCCCAGUCCCGGCCGUUGGGUCGAGCAGCAGGAGUCACCGCCGCCGCCGCCCUCGCCCUCGCCGCGCCCACCGUCCCCGGCCAUAUCCCCGAGCUCCAAGACGCCGACAGUGAGGAUCGCUGAGCCACAGGCCGUGUGGUGUAAGGAAUCGCCGGUCUGA